AAUCCUACUUGGAAUCCACCGACUCCCACCGCCUCCUUGCUUUCCCUCCGAUGCUUCUUUUCCUUUCUCUUGGGGUCAAACAUGCGGAGCUGUGCGCAGCGCAGAAGGCGACACCGAGCUUCCUAUUCCUUUGAGUUGGAUGGAUCCAACUGCAGGAUUCUCCAUCGUGAACGUGAUGCACAGCGGCAGAUACGCCGCUGCCGCACCAGAGGAGCUCAGACACAGUUGUCAUCGCUGCUAAAUCAUUGUCCUCCUCCCUCCUCGACAUUAAGUUUCCUAAUCAGUCGCUCCCACAACUUUAAUGCCCGCUGCCGUGUGUAACGUACGACACGGUCGGUGGUGGGAGACGCCGGGAUUUGCAGCCGAGAUGUGUGGGAUCGGGUGCCCUGCGGACGCCGACCAAGUGCUUGCUUUAAUUCCCACAUGCGACCCUGCGCUCCAUUAACUCGAAUGCCGACGACUGCCCUCCGCUCCGCUCCCUGGCCGUGAUUUGCCACGCGACGGCGCUCUCAGGCUCCGUCGUUAUCUCACACGUGCGGGAAAAAUGCUCGAGUCGGAGGUGAUACGACGGGAACGUCCUGAUGCUGAUGUCUGGUCCAUGUAAGCGCCGUUUGGCAUGCGACUGCUACUGCUGCUUAUUAUGUGCAUGUCUCUCAUAGGAAAAGUCAUGCGAGCUGUCAAAUUAAUGUGAGAAUAAUAAUUGUGGUUCGGAAGCAGUGGGUGGCAGUUCCGUCAAUAGAUGGUUAGCGGAUGGCAUAAAAUGUAAGCAUUAGCUGAUAUAUAGCGAUUCCACCACCCGAUGCGAUACACGCAGGCGAGGGAGGAGGUCUCCUAGGAAGAGUCGCCAUCGCCGGAGAUGUGCCCGAAGCCGACGAACUCGGGCGCCGCUGGCUCCCCAGCGGACGGAAAGAAGCCCUACGAUUGGCGCCAGGAGGUCAUCGACAGCGGAUCCCUCCGCCGCGUGGACCUCCACACUGGAUCCAACGGAUGGGCGUCGCCUCCCGGCGAUCUCUUCGCCCUCCGCGGCCGCCAGUAUUUCUCCCACCGCCAGAAGGCCCCAUCUGGAGACUGGCUGCUCAAUCCUGCCGGCGUCGAUUGGCUCCGCUCCCCCUCGCGCCUCGACAACGUCCUUGGCCGAUCGGACAACCGCGUCGCUGCCGCCCUCCGCCGCGCCCGAGCCCUCGGCCGCGCCCAGAAGACUUUCCUGUUCGCCGUCAACCUCCAGGUCCCCGGCGGCCGCGAAUGCCACUCCGCUGUCUUCUACUUCGCAGCCGAGGACACGAUCCCGCCCGGUUCCCUGUUCUACCGCUUCGUCCAUGGCGAUGACGAGUUCCGGAACGCCCGGUUCAAGAUCGUGAACCGGAUCGUGAAGGGCCCGUGGAUCGUGAAGACCGCCGUUGGAAACUAUGCCGCCUGCCUCCUGGGGAAGGCGCUCACCUGCAACUACCACCGUGGGGAGAACUACCUGGAGAUCGACGUCGACAUCGAGAGCUCGUCCAUCGCCAAGGCGAUCCUUCGCCUCGCCCUGGGCUACGUGACGGCGGUGACGAUCGACAUGGGGUUCCUGGUGGAGGCGCAGGCGGAAGAGGAGUUGCCCGAACGGCUGCUGGGGGCUGUGAGGGUGGCACAGAUGGAGAUGGGGUCGGCCACCUAUGUGGACACCAGAACCAAGGCGGCAGAGUCCACCAGAGGCAGUGGCUUCCGGGGCUUGGCCAAGGUCAAUCACCACCACCAGAGCACACAUUCAGGCUGCGGCGGCAAUGCGAGAAGUCGCGAGGAUGAAGAAACGCGCCGAAGGGCGAGAAGAAGAAGCGUCGGAGCAGCCGUGGUGGAGCUCCGCCAAAAGAUGGAGGCGGCGGCGCCCUACCUCGUGAUGACCAUGACUCAAUUCUGCCUUGCCGGCUUCUUGGUUAUCCUGCGGUCCGUCCUCGCCCCCUCCGCGGGCGUCAGCGCCACCGUCCUCGUCGCCUACCAGCAGCUCCUCUCCGCUCUCGUCCUCUCCCUCCUCGCCCUCCUCUUCGACCGACGCCAAGGACCGAAGCCGACCCCCAAAAUCCUUGCUUGGUCCGCCGUGAUCGGUCUCCUACAGAUUCCGCUCGGGGAGCUGAUGUUCACCACGAGCCUGCGCUACGUGACGGCGACGUUCCAGAGCGUGGCCAUGAACACCAUCCCCGUGGUGGUGUUCGUGCUCGCAACCGCCACCGGCAGGGAGCGGUUCCGGUUCUGCAGCUUGGGUGGGCAGUGGAAGCUCUGGGGGACCCUCGCUUCCGCCACCGGCGCCACCAUCGUGGUGCUCCUGUCAGACCGGGACUCGGCCGGGUUGACGGCCGGCGAUGGCGGCCGGUUGGUUGGGAUCGUCAUGGUCGGCGUCUCUGUUCUUGCCGAGGCUACCGCGAACCUUUUGGUGGAAAGGGUGGCUCUGCAGUAUCAUGCGGAUCUUAAGCUGUCUGCUAUGAUCACUGUGUUUGGGACUCUCCAGGUUGCAGUAGUUGCAGGCACCAUGGAGAGGGACCUCUCAGCCUGGAGGAUUAAGUGGAGUGGAAGCUUAGAGCUCCUUGCCAUCGUAUAUGGGGGAAUCCUCGUAAAUGGUGUGUCAUAUUUUGCGCGGAAUUGGUGCAUACACAAGAAAGGCCCCGUUUUCGGGUCUGCAUUCUCUCCGCUGCUCGUCGUCUUCUCAUUCCUCCUCCAAAUAAUCUUGAUUGGGGUUUCGGAAGAGCUUGCAAGCAUUGUUGGCUCGGUGCUUGUCAUACUGGGUUUAUAUCUUCUUCUGUGGGCAAAAGCUAAAGAUGACAUGGUUGAACAGAGUCAUCCUGUCCAAGCUUCCACUGCAGAACCAUUGCUACCGACAGAGUCUUAGUAGCAGCGGACACAUAGUAUGCCAAAAUUUAAUCUUCUCCUUGAUUUUGAAGCUUGUUGGAUAAAAUUGGAUAUUUUUAUAUAUGAUUCUCUUUAUUUUGAAA